CUGAUGUGAUACGGCUCUAUAUAUCCAAAGGCAGGACUACCUUCCCUUUAAAGACAACCUCCUCCUUGGUUUGGCUCGCACUCAGUGAUGUCGCUUAUUUUUGUCGCGAACCAGUAAGAGUGAGAGUGAGGCAGAAGCCGGCUCUUUUUUUAAUUAUUUGGUUCCUUUUAUUUCUUCAUUUAUUUUCCUUUUAUUUACCUGACUCAUUUAGCUAGAAGGGGUCCAUUGAAUGUCUUGCUUUUAAUAAAUAUUUAAUUUCGGCAGUCUUGUUUAUUUAUUUUGUUUUCGCAAGUUUCAGCUAAGGCGGAAUUCAUCAGUAUAACAUUGCCUAGUGCUUUGUCGUUUCGCCUUUUUAAGAGACAAUAUUUGGCUAACAGUAAGGACGUCACUAUCUUUCAUUUAUAGAAACGACGGCAACUCCACACUAACAUGGCAGUCAGACUGUGCGAUGUGGCUUCUCUGCUUAGAAGUGGUUCGUGGGCGGCUGAGCCUUGGACUGGGCAGGUUAUUGCUGCCAUGGAAACACAGCUGUCCAAUGGACCAACUUGUAACAACACGACCAAUGGUCCCACCACAAUCUCAAACAACUGCUCCUCUUCUGUAGAGUCGGGAAGCAUAGAGGAUAGUAAAACUAACUUGAUAGUCAACUAUCUGCCUCAGAACAUGACCCAGGAAGAGCUGAAGAGUUUGUUUGGAAGCAUUGGUGAAAUUGAAUCCUGUAAAUUGGUACGAGACAAAAUUACAGGGCAGAGUCUUGGGUACGGAUUUGUGAACUAUGUGGAUCCAAAAGAUGCAGAAAAAGCCAUCAAUACACUAAAUGGGCUGAGACUUCAGACCAAAACCAUUAAGGUUUCCUAUGCUCGCCCAAGCUCUGCGUCCAUCAGAGAUGCAAAUCUGUAUGUCAGCGGGCUGCCAAAAACCAUGACUCAGAAAGAACUGGAGCAGCUCUUCUCCCAGUAUGGCCGUAUCAUUACCUCCCGCAUCCUGGUGGACCAGGUGACCGGUGUGUCCAGGGGAGUCGGAUUCAUCAGGUUUGACAGGAGAGUCGAAGCAGAAGAGGCCAUCAAGGGACUGAAUGGACAGAAGCCCCCGGGAGCCACGGAACCAAUCACCGUCAAGUUUGCCAACAACCCCAGUCAAAAGACAAGCCAGGCGCUGCUGUCCCAGCUGUAUCAGUCGCCCAGCCGGCGGUACCCUGGACCCCUGGCCCAGCAGGCGCAGCGCUUCAGGUUGGACAAUCUCCUAAACAUGGCUUACGGCGUAAAGAGCAGGUUCUCUCCCAUGGCCAUCGACGGCGUCACCAGCCUGGCUGGCAUCAACAUCCCUGGGCACGCAGGCACUGGCUGGUGCAUCUUUGUCUACAACCUGGCACCGGAUGCAGAUGAGAGUAUCCUGUGGCAGAUGUUUGGGCCGUUCGGCGCCGUGACAAAUGUCAAGGUCAUCCGUGACUUCAACACCAACAAGUGCAAGGGCUUUGGCUUUGUCACGAUGACAAACUAUGACGAGGCAGCCAUGGCUAUUGCUAGCCUCAAUGGCUACCGCCUUGGGGACAGAGUUCUGCAGGUCUCAUUCAAAACCAACAAAACGCACAAAGCCUAAUAUCUCCUCAGAUUAUUUAUAUAAAACUACAAAAUGAUUAAAAAAAACUUGACGUAAACUUUAUACAUUAGUCUUUGUAAAUCAGUGUUACGAAAGAACUAAUAUUUAGCAUCCAACAAUGUAUUUCUCCCCCCCCACUAGUCUUUGAAACUUCUUAGAAUAUUAUGUUAGAGAAUACAGCAGGUUCUUUUUUUUUUAUUUUACCUGUAAGGUCGCAUUCAAAUGCUGUCUCUAAAGGAGGACCUUUUAAAGUGUUACUGAUAAGCUUUUCUUGUUUUGUUGCAUACUGCUUUGAAAGUUAGUCUUGUGAGGCUGUGUAGUGACUUUUUUAUUUAGUAUUUUUUGUGUCUUGAUUUGCCUUGAGUGCAUCUGCCUUUUAAGUGACUUACAGAACCUUUUUGUUUUUUGUAUUGCAGCUCUUCUGUUGAUGUUUAUGUUGUGACUACUUUGUAUUCUGAGUUGGGUUAUUGGUUGGCUGCAUAAUGUUGCUUAUUGUACAAUUACUGGAGAAUACCUUUUCUUAAAGCAGUACCUUGCCAAAGAGCUAAGAACCUCUUUGAUGUGGGUUUAAAAAGCAUCUAUUUUUAUAAAAAGAGAAAUUUGGAGAAACUUUUUACUGGACCUGGAACAAAUAUUUUGACUUGGAUACUUUGAGAAAUCUUCAUAUGACACCUUGUGAGCUUUUGAACUUUACCCAGGAAGUUUGCAGUGGUUGAAAUUUCUGGAGAGAUGUAAAAGAUACGUUUUGAGAUCUUUGUAUUACCUUAAGAUUCUAGAAUCAGUGGCAAUGUUGGUUCAAUUUGUAUAAUCAUCAGUGGGUUGUCCAAUCAUCCUGGUCAUGUGAGACAGCUGAUAGCCAGCUGUAAUGCUGAAAUGCAAAUAAGAGGUUAAUUAUGCUAAAUGCAUGCAAAUUAUAAAGUGGGGAAAAUUUAAAUGGGGUGGGGGAUUGGGGAUAAAAAUCGGUUCUUCCUAAAGGAUCCCUUCAGACAGCUCAUGGUGUUUUUGUGAUGUAUUUGCUAUAUUGUUAGACUUGUCUUCAUUGUAAAAGACGAGAAUGGUUUUACCUGCUUUGUAUAAAAACCUGAACAAGUGCACCAAAAAGCAGCUGUAAAGGAAAAUAAUGUCGGUUACAUGAAGUUUUGGAAGGAUCACUCCUAAGCUUAAUCUGUAACCAUGUCAGGCAGGUGGUUAUUUUAUUUUUGGUUUUACUUUUUAAAUGCUUUUUUUUAUUUCGGCUUUGGACUUGGUUACAAAGUGGGUUCUUUUUCUUGGUGCAUACUGUAUCAUUUAAAUGUGUUGCCUUUUUUUUUCCUCUCCAGUUACAUUCUGAAAGUUUACAUUAAGUUGAAAUACUUGAGUUGUCCCAUGGACUGGCAUUAGUGUAUCAGAUAUGUUGGUUGUUUGGUCUGUAGAUAGUCUUGCUUCUGCUCUUAAGAAAACUAUAUAGACUUUUUUUUUAUAUAUAAAUAUUAUAUAAAUAUAUACUUGCGUGGUCAAAUGGAUAAACCACAUUUUUGAACAAUUUGCUUACUUUUCAUACAGAAAAUGUGAUGCAUAUAAUCUCUUAAAGGUAUUGCUGACUUCUGAUGGGGGUGGAGGGAGAUGGGUGAGUUUUGAUGAGACGUCUCUCUUAUAUUGAACAAGACGGCUGGAGUGGCCUAGAUGCACUGACUUUCAUUCUGCUUUGUAUAAACUAAUUGAUACCAUGCUUCCCCUUAUAAUGAGCAGUGUGCUAUGCAUUUAUUUUUGCAACUUAUUUAGAAUUUAAUUUAUUGUAGAACUUAAUUCCUUAUAGAAGAGCUUUGCACAGGUUUUGUGGAGAAUGGCUCUUGCUUGCCCUUGGUCGUUGCUGUGACAACUAAAUAGACCAACUCCCCCUUCCACCAAAAGCGUAGACGGCACUGUCGGGCCAUAGGCCUCUAUCCUGUGUGUCAUCCUGAAACAUGAGCUUGAUUUAUUUAUUUGAAGUUGUACAGUAUGACUCUGUUCACAGCUGUUGGGAUAGAAUAUAUCUUUUUGUUAAGUAUUUAAAAGGAUGUACAUGUUCUUUUUGUGUUUGGAUAAUACUUUGUAUUUUUUCAUGUUCUGUACAUCAAUAAACAAAUUGAAGGGAAA